GUAAUAUUUCAUCAAAAGUAAUAUUUCCUUUUUAAGGGUAAAAGCCAUGAGAUGAAAAAUGAGUUCAAGUUUGGUAAAAUAAUAUCAUUACUAUAAAGACUACAAUUCCUAGUUUUUUCGCUUUCGUUUCUCACUUCUCACGCCUCAUUCCUUGCUCUUCCUCUAUAAAUUCACCAAAACCUUCUUCACUAAACUAAGCAAUACUAGUCUUUCUUCCUCCUCCUCCUUUACUAUCUUAUUUCUUCCCACAUUGAUUGAAUCAAAAUUAGAAUCCCCUACACAACUCAAAAAUACAAACUAAAAGAUAAUCAAAAUGAACGAGUUCUGGACAACGUUAGCAUCGGUAAUGGGGGUGUGGGCAUUUUUUCAGAGCAUCCUCCACGCCGUCUUCCCGCCGGAGCUCAGGUUCGCGUCCCUCAAGCUCUUCCACCGCCUCUUCAACUGGGUCUCCUCCUACUGCUACUACGACAUCACCGAGAUCGACGGCGUCAACACCAACGAGCUCUACAACGCGGUCCAGCUCUACCUCAGCUCCUCUGCCUCCAUCACCGGAAACCGCCUCAGCCUCACCAGGGGACUCAAUUCCAGCGCGAUUACCUUCGGCCUCUCCAACAACGACCGCCUCUUCGAUUCCUUCAAAGGGGUCACCGUCCUUUGGGAACACAUAGUCACACAGCGGCAGGCCCAGACAUUCUCCUGGCGGCCGUUGCCGGAGGAGAAGAGGGGGUUCACUCUGCGGGUGAAGAAGAAAGACAAGGCGGUUAUUCUGGGUUCCUAUUUGGAUUUCGUGAUGGAAAAAGCGGUGGAAAUCCGUAGGAACAAUCAGGAUAGGCUGCUUUACACCAAUUCACGUGGGGGCUCACUUGAUUCCAGAGGCCAUCCUUGGGAAUCCGUACCUUUUAAGCAUCCUUCCACUUUCGAGACUCUGGCUAUGGAUCCUGUGAAAAAGUCCGAAAUCAUGGCGGAUUUGAAAGAUUUCGCUAAUGGGGAGUCUUUUUAUCAGAAAACCGGCCGGGCUUGGAAGAGGGGUUAUUUAUUGUACGGGCCUCCCGGCACCGGAAAGUCCAGUAUGAUAGCUGCUAUGGCGAAUUUCUUGGGUUAUGAUAUUUAUGAUCUUGAGCUGACUGAAGUUCAUACUAACUCUGAAUUGAGGAAAUUGCUGAUGAAGACUAGCUCCAAGUCUAUUAUUGUGAUUGAGGAUAUUGAUUGUUCCAUUAAUUUGACUAACAGGAAGAAGAGCGGUAACUCCGGUGGCGGUGGAAGGUCUAAUAGUUUCGAUGGGGCGCCUCCUCCGGGGUCCGGCAAUGGCGGUGAGGAUGGUGGGAAUUCGAUUACGCUUUCCGGGCUAUUGAAUUUCACUGAUGGAUUAUGGUCUUGUUGUGGGAGUGAGAGGAUUUUUGUGUUCACAACGAAUCACAUUGAGAAGCUUGAUCCUGCUCUGCUUCGGAGUGGGAGGAUGGACAUGCACAUUUUCAUGAGCUACUGUAGUUUCCCGUCGUUGAAGAUUCUGUUGAAGAAUUAUCUGGGCUAUGAAGAUGGUGAUCUGGAGAAGGAUUUGGAAACGGAGUUGAAAGAAGUGAUGGAUAAGGCAGAAAUGACACCAGCUGAUAUCAGUGAGCUGUUGAUCAAGAACAGACGUGAUAAAGUAAGAGCUGUUUGGGAAUUAUUGGAGGCUUUGAGAGCAAAAGCUGAGAAGAAAUCAAGAGGGGUGAAUUCUACAGUAGCUGAAGAAGAAGAGGAGCAAGAGAAAAGGGCAUUGGUGGAGAGUCCAAAGGAGGAAGAUGAAGAAGCUGCAUUUAGCAAAUGUGAUCAAAUUAACAAUGCUGAUCACAAUGAUGAAGUUGAAGAGAAGAUCAAGUAGUAAUAUGGUUGGCCUCUUUUUCUUUUUUAUUUUUGGUGCAAUUAUUCUUCAUCAUCAUCCUUCCUAUUUUUGGGGCCCUUUUUAUCUCCUUAGAUACUACCAUUCACUGGAAUGAAGGGCAUUUAUGUGUUCUGUAAAUUACAUUGUUGAAAAAGGAGUUAUGUGGGAGGAGAUUGAAACAUCCAUUACAAGGGGAUAAUUGGGGAAGGAAAUUAAGGGUACUUUUGAAUAGAUGAUCAUUGAAGCUCAUUAUUUUGUCCACUGUGAGGUUAUCCAUCAUCUAUCAUGAUUAGUAGUUAGUGAAGAUUAAUAAUGACAAUUAUCCUAAUAAUGUUAUUAUGAUCGAUGAUCUAGAAUCUAGGUCAUUUGGUUGAUCAAAUGCUUCUGUCUUUUUGUUAGUAACAUCGUUCUUCUAAUAAGCUGUAAUUCUUUAAAAGCUUUCCUAAUAGGAUUGGUUGGUUUUAAUUAAAAGGUUAUUGAAAGAUGGAGAACUCUCACUGAUUACAAAAUCAAAAUGAUAUGUUCCCAAAAUAUAAUUUUUAUGGAAUAUAAUAGCUUAAUAAAUCUAGACUUUGGUCUGCUUUAAAAGUCAAAAUAGGGGUCUCAUGUUCACAUGGUAUAAAACUAAAAAUUUAGUGGGUUAGAUACUCAUAAAAUCAGAGAUCUCCUAUAUAUAUAUAUGUUUGCUGUUGAACUGUGGUUUUUUUUUUUUGCUUUUUGUGUACUUGCACAAAGGUUAGCUGGAAGUGAUGCAGAGUACACCCUGCGGGCACAUGGGAUUGGAUGUUAGUUCACUGAUUGGAGAUGUCUUUUGGAAUGUAGUCUUGAAUUGUUAGAGAUUCAGCAGAGCACCUUUGGCCAAUUACAUAAAGUUUUGCUUUAUAAUUUGAGGAGGGGCUUUGGCAAUGAAAUGAAUGGUUAAAAAGGACAGUCAUUCUUUUGCCUUAAUAUUCUAUUCCAAAACGUGGGCAGAUGUUUUACACUUGACGGGUUUCAAUUCGUGUAUGUUUCAGUAAUCACUCCCUGGAUUUCGUUAGCUUCCUGUGGGCUGAGAGUAAGAUGGUGAUAGUUGUGUUUAUAAUUAUAUGCUCAAAUCAAAUUUUAC